AUGGUGAAGAUGGGCAAGGCGAAGCGCGUCAAGGUCGAGGUCGACGAAUGCUUCAAGGCGACCGAGGGGGAAGAUGCCAUGAGCGAGGCCGGCACGGAGGUCUCGCUGUUGAACCCGCCGAGAGGCGCGCCCAGGCCAAGCGGCAAGGUCCCCAUCGCGCAGCUCCGGGAGAGGAUCGCUCACGUCCUCGCCCAGCGGCAGCAGUUGCCGGCGCCGUGCCCCACGGACAAGUUCCCCCUGCCGCGCGCGGGGAAGUGCGAGCUGCGUGCCCGUGAUUGGCAGACUACACCGAACCCUUUGAAAGGGCGCCCGUGUCCAUUCCUAGAGGUCAGCCGCGCAGGCUCCAAUAUUUGCAUUCCGUGCCGGAACUCGCUGAACUGGGCAUACAAAGGCGUGAAGGAGGCGCAGAUGAUCCAGCGGUGCAAGGACCCGGUGGAGCGCGAGCGCUUCAAUUUCAUCACGUACGUAUGGGAGGACAGGUACAACGACCCCACCACGGCAUGCGUCAAGACCGUGCAGGAGCUGCCCGACGAUUGCCUCACGAAAGUUAUGUCCCAGCAGACGGCCUCGAUGGAGUCCAAGCUGAUGGUUGGCAUCUUGUGGCCGCUCCCAUCCUUCAGCGACGCAGUGACGAAGGCGCUCAAUAGGAAGCCGACAGCUGCCGACAUGACGACGAUCAUCCACAAUGGGGAGAAGGUGAAAGGAGUCAUUAGAGAUCCGAAGCACGGGAACCCGCCAGGGACGUACGAGGUAACUUCCAAGUCCAGCUUGAGCCACGUGAUGACAGUCGUGCAGGAAGAUUCAGAUCGGGCAGUUCGCGGUUCCCAGCAGUGCAAGGACACGUUUGCCGCCCUGCUGAAGCGCGUGGGUGUCGCGGCGAGCUUGCGGGACAACGAGGAGGGGAGCAGUGCCGACGUGGUCAACAUCAAGUGCAAGCACAAGCAGCAGCCGGGCGACAUCUUGGACGACCUCUGGACGAACCCGUUCCAGCAGGAGAAAGUGAAGGCCGCCCCCGACCCGAACAGGCCCAAGCCGCAGCCGAAAACUCACAAAGCCAAAGACCCAGAGGCCAGACGACAGAUUGAGUACAACGAGUCCGAGCAGGUUCUCUUUAAGGGCAAACAGACGCUCAACCUCGUCCAGUCGAAGAUAGACAGCGUGACGAUCCAGUCGCUGGCCAAGCUCCUCAAGGAUGUGAAGAGCCGUCAGACUGACGCCCUCAUGGAGCUCUACCGCAAGGACAUGAUCGCGGACGACCAGCAGCAGACGGAGUUCCGGACCGGGGCGGAGAUCUUGCACGACCUCAACGACAUGGAGACGAAAGUCAGCGCGUGGUUGGCCGUCAAGACAGGGUUGCGGUCGCUGGCGAAGAAGGUCGAGGACUUCAAGGGCGGAAUUUCGAGUUUGAUGGAUGUGCUGUCCGAGGCGCUCGCGGGGCCCUUCAAUCAGAGCGGCCGGAUGCUCGUCGCGAUGAAGAUUUGGGAGCGCGCGCUGGAGUUGGCCUCGAAGGAAGAGCCAUCUACGUUUGCCACGUUCGCGUAUGGCUUCCUGCCUGGCCGAGGAGGAGACGACGGCGGCAUUGGCAAGGCUGUGGUAGAUUAUGUCGACGACGACGCAAAGCACGAGGUGGUCACGUCUGCCACCAUGAACUACUUGACGAUGAUGAUGAGCAUGAAGAAUAACGUUGAGAAGGUGACCGAAUCCAUCAAGCUGUUCAGGGAGCCAGCGAUAUCAAUCGCCGGGGGUGACGUCAGCGUCAACGGCAAGCUGAUCUCUUGGAAGGAUGACAUCAACAUGUUCUACGACAUCGUUUGCGUCCGCGACCCCAUGACCAACGUCGAUCAGACCGAGAAGAAUUUGUAUGACAUUAUGGAGGGCGUCACGGCUUCCAGGUUUCAGAAGGCUUUGAAGUUGCUGCCCACGGGGGUGUUGCUGCGCGCAGAAGUAUCCGCAGUUGCUGCAGCCAUCAGGCACGAUGACCAGUUCAAGGACAAGCUAUCCAGCUUGACGAACGCACUAGUUCAUGCCACUCCUCUCAGUGAACGCAUUGCGAUGGAGGCCACCGAGGUGGAGGACAAUGGCCCCCCGCUUUUCCCAGACGAGUUCUUGGGCGUCAUUCACGGCGGCGUUGUCGACUACGUGGAUCUCUUGCAGAGCACGUCGGCUCAUUUCAAGAAGGCGCACCAGGCGGAGUUGACAGCGGUCCGCGAUGCGUUCGUCGAGGCAUUGACCUUCAGCCGCGACUCUGCCCAUGCUAAGAUUGGGAAGGUGUUCGCCCAGGUGGUGGCUGUCCUCUGUAAGACCUUGUCGAACGUCGACGACGUCGAGCGGGGCAGCGAUCCCGCGUUGGAUAGCCUACUGGAGAAGCUGAUGUUGGCGAGUUCUGUCAAACACGUCAGUUUCUUGACGGAGUUCGAGGAUGGCGAUGUCGGCGCCGUCAAGGUCAUCUCCGACAUCUCCGGCAUUGCGCAGACCAUCCGGGAUGGGUUGAAGCUGCUCCUCGCGCCGGCCAGCGAGUUGUCAUUUGACCCCCCGCCCGUUCGCAGGCUCAUCCACAUGGUGCAUGCGAUGGUUGACGCCCUCGACGCUGGCUUCUCCUACGACACGACGGAGUGCGGUUCUGGCUUGAAGUUCCUGGUCGAUCACCACAAGCAGCGAUUGGAGAACCUGGCGACCUACACUCGUAGAUUCCUUGUGGAUGCCGUGCAGGCGGUCGUUCGGGACGCGUGCGGUUACUGCCAGAGCGAAUUGACGAUCCUGCAGAAGUUCGCGAAUGCAGACCAGGCGAACAGAGAGAGCAUAUUCUCGACGCUAUGGGCUGCGUGUGGAAAGCGUCACAAGGACUGGCACACCGAGACUGUGCUCACGGAGUGGAUGGAAAACUGCAACAGCUUCAUGGACCGGACGGACCCACUGUUCGAAUUUCAUAAGACCUUGGUCCGCUUCGGGGCCAAGUUCGACGACGCCGUCGCCCCUUGCGGCACCGUCUACUACGUCGUCGGGAUGGGCUUGAUCGGCCCUGCGCUGGUGGCCUCCGUUGCCGAGCUGAACAGCGAAUGCUUCACCGAGCAGGAGCUCCCCGACACGCCGAUGAGCCCGAUCGACAUGCAGCGGGCCACUCGGGCAGUGGGCCUGCCGAAGGAUGCGAUCGACAUCAACUUCGACGCCCUCCGGACACAGGCCCUGAAGUUGACGGACGCCCAGCAUAACUUGAGCAUCGCCGACGAUCGCGUCGCGAUCAUGAGAGGCUGCGGGUCGGAGUCAGCCGUGCCGCAGCUCGUGGUCGCGUGCGAGAGGGCGCGCGCCGCCUUCGAGCAGAGGUGCCGCCGCCACCAGGAGGACCUCAUCGGGGCCAUCGCGGAGGGGAGGAAGCUGUUUUCCGACUUGUUGGAUUUGCUGUCGGCCGAGGGCAUCGAGGCGACCUUCGAGAGCCAGUCGGCCACCCUGUCCCUCGACGGCGUCAAGCAGCUCGUUGCAUCG